AUGAUUCACAGUGUGCUACUUCUUUUUGUUUGUGGUUUUGCGGUUACAAUUGGAGCUCAUAGAUACUACACCCAUCGUGCAUUUAAAGCAACCACCACCCUACGGCUCAUUUUUGUGCUGUUGUUCUCUAUGAGCGGGCAGAAUACAAUGUGGGCUUGGGUGAGGAAUCAUCGACAGCAUCAUAAAUACUCCGACACCGACGCUGAUCCCCAUAAUGCAAGAAGGGGGUUCUUCUUCUCUCACAUUGGUUGGUUUUUGUGCUACAAAAAUCCCAAAGUCAUCCACUACGGCAGACAGAUGAAUAUGCGGGAUUUAGAUGCAGAUCCUUUUGUAAAGUUCCAGACUUUGUUUUUCAUCGAAAUGUACAUUUUGUUGGCAAUCGUGAUACCCUGCGCCACCCAAAUUUACUUCUGGAAUGAAGAUCCUCUGAAAUCCUUCCUGGUGUGCUAUUGUGCCAGAACGUGCCUUGCACUCAAUUUGAUGUGUCUCGUCAAUAGUUAUGCCCAUACAUACGGCACAAAGCCCUACGAUAAUACCAUCCUUCCUGGUGAGAAUAAAAUUAUCAGCAUGAUAACUGUUGGGGAAGGAUGGCAUAACUACCAUCACGCUUUCCCAUGGGACUACAGAACUUCAGAAUUGGGGACGCCCCACAACUGGUCCACUGCUGUGAUUAACUAUUUCAUAAAAAAGGGAUGGAUAUACGACGUCAAGACAGCCAGUGAGGAAUCCAUCAAGAAACGCAUCUUGAAGACUGGAGAUAAAUCUUAUGAAAAGUACGAAGACUUUGCUAAUACGAACACUAUUUCACUUUAA